ACCGUCGUCUUCAACAAGUUCAGCGGCGCUGUGCUUUUUGAGGACCGCGGGGCUCCGGAGCGGGAGCGGGGCGGCAGGCCCUACAGCGGCGUCCUGGACAGUACGCACGCUCGCCCCGAGGUGGGCAUUACGGACGGCGCGCCCCUCAAGGACAACCUGGGCCUGAGACACCGGAGGACCGGGGCCCGGCAGAAUGGCGGGAAGGUGAGGCACAAGCGGCAGGCCCUGCGGGACAUGGCGCGGCCCCUCAAGCAGUGGCUGUACAAGCACCGCGACAGUCCGUACCCCACCAAGACGGAGAAGAUUCUCCUGGCGCUCGGCUCGCAGAUGACGCUAGUGCAGGUGUCAAAUUGGUUUGCUAAUGCAAGACGUCGGCUUAAGAAUACUGUUCGACAGCCAGAUUUAAGCUGGGCCUUAAGAAUAAAGUUGUACAAUAAGUAUGUUCAAGGAAACGCUGAGCAGCUGAGUGUAAGCAGUGAUGACUCAAGUUCUGAAGAUGGAGAAAAUCCUCCACGAAACCACAUGAAUGAAGAAGGCUAUAAUAAUCCAGUUCACCAUCCUGUGAUUAAAAGUGAGAGCUCAGUCAUAAAAGCUGGAGUGAGGCCAGAGUCACGGGCCAAUGAGGACUACGUAUCGCCCGCAAAAUACAAGAGCAGCUUGUUGAAUCGUUACCUUAACGACUCUUUGAGACACGUCAUGGUCACAGAUGCUGCCAUGAUGGGAAAGACAAGGCAGAGAAACCAUUCAGGAUCUUUUAGUUCCAAUGAAUUUGAGGAGGAAUUGGUAUCUCCCUCAUCGUCAGAAACCGAAGGCAAUUUCGUCUAUCGCACAGUCAUUGUGCAUCUGUCUCUACCAACCACAGGCCCUUUGCGCUUCCUGCUGCCCCAGCAUGGAACACCCUUUACGUGGCUCUAUAAUCUGCUGCUCAUCCUUUAG